AUGCCAUCCAAACACCUCUCGAACCGCUACAAACCUAGCGUGCACUCGUCGUCGGUUCCCGAGACGACGCCGCGUACACCGCUGUCGGUCGGCCUGCACCUUGUCGGGCUCGCCAUCCUGUCGAACGCCUUCAGGUUGUUGUGGACUCCGUCGCCCGUCAAGGAGUACAUGGACGGCCAGUUUGGUGGGCAGUGGAACUUUCUGACCGUGCUCUCGUAAGUUUACAGAGUCGAGACGGACAGCGGCUCGGGCACGGCCACGGCCAUUUAUGUGGGAACAGCGAUGACGUCGUCGUCUUCGGUUCGACCCCGUCGUUAAUCCUGCCUCGAUUGUUCCUGUUCCCUACCACAGCCUCGCGGUCAGUUGGUUGACCUUUGCCGUGGCCGUACUCAAGGAUGCCCUUCCGAGUGUUCGAUGUGAGUCAGAGCCCCCAACUCCGUGUAUCGCAUUCCAUGGCGGGGCAACAGGUCGGCAAGAGCUGACUCCCCGACGCCCCUUUUAAUACCACACUACAGUGUUUGAUCGACUCAAGACGACCCUUAUGAUCGUCGCCGUUCCCGUCGAAGGUCUCGUCUCGUUGUUGUAUUGGGGCAUGCAGGUCGGUUGCCCCCCCCCCACCUCGAUUUUGCCCCGAGCCCGAGUGCUGACCCUCACUUUGAUUCGGGCAAACAAACAGUUUUACGACCCGUCCCUGCUGACGCCUCAGGGAACCAUCUUCAAAAUACCUUUGUUCCUCGAUAUCUCAAUUCACGCCUUCCCUGCGCUAUUGCUCUGGACCGAUUUCCUCGUCUUUUCCCCGCCGAUGAGCAAAAAAGCGAACCCGUUGUUGAUCUCGACCGUGGCAACAAUGGGUUACACCACCUGGAUGGAGUACACCAGUCACCACAACCAAUGGUUCCCUUACCCAUUCCUGAGUGAGUCGAGCGAGGAGAACGCGGUUGCAGGGGAAGAUCAACUCAUGAAAUCCUUUCUCCCGUGAAAUUCUACAGGCGAGUUGACCCGCAUUCAACGCGCGAGCUUCUACAUCGCCAUGAUCCCCGUCCUGUUGGGUCUCUUUUACCUCGCCAACGGGAUCCACCGCAGCGUGCGUGGUCGACCUGCCGGUGUCGAGUCCAAAACGGCGAAGCGAUUGGAUCGCAAGGUCCAAAAGGCGCUCUAA